UUUUUCUUUUUCCCCCUUGGGAUAUCCGAAAUCUUUCUCUUUCAUCCUAAGUUGUACUGUUCAUGUUCUACAAAUCCUUUUUUUUUUUUAUCAUGUAUAUAUACCCCCACACAUGCAACUCUUCCCCUUACAUUACAUUACAUUGAACAACUAAACUAUUCUUCUUCAUUUCUCUUUCUAUUUUUCUCUAGUUAACAUGGCAGAGUUAGAAUACCAAGCUAAUACCAAAACCAACAGCGCCACUACUGCACGUCUAAAGCUCUUCGGCUUCAACGUCUCAGAAGAUGAUGAUGUUUUGGAAUCCAGCACCACCAAAGAUCCAUCAUCAGGGUCUUCAGAGCCAGGUGGCUUCCCUGCUCCUGGUGACCGCAAAUACGAGUGUCAGUAUUGUUGCCGUGAGUUUGCCAACUCUCAAGCUUUAGGAGGUCACCAGAACGCUCAUAAGAAGGAAAGGCAACAGCUCAAGCGUGCUCAACUUCAAGCCACUCGAAGCGCCGCGGUUUCGUUUGCUAGGAACCCUAUCAUCUCUGCUUUUGCUCCUCCACCGCAUCUCUUAGCGUCGGCUACACCCGUCGUGGUGCCAGCUGCGGCGGGACCGUCUUGGGUUUACUUGCCACGAGGAGGGCCACCUCCUUUCCACGUCUCACAUGGCUGUGUGAUUCCAAGCGCUGGUGGUGGAGGAGGAGGUGGUGGAGUGGGGAGGGGGCCAGCGGGGGUACCUUAUGGUGGUGGUGGUGGUGGUGGUGGUUUGGGGGAUCCGGGCGUAAGCGUUGGCCCCCAAGUGAUGCAAGGUGGGGGCCACCAUGGACGUGGUGUUGAUGGACCCUCGUUGCGUAGGUUUUCAAAGGGAGAUGGUGGCCCCAGUUUUGAUGAUGCAUUGGGCUUAGAUUUGCACCUUAGUCUUGCUCCAGCCAGGCCUUGACUCGGUCUUUAGUGUUUGGGAUCUUUGUACAUUUUCAAACAAUUUUAUUUUUUUAUUUAUUUUUAUCAGGGAAAUUAUUUGUUUCACUUGCACAAAA